CUUCGAUGUAUAUUUCAUCUGGCGGGUUGAAAAGUGAGAAGUUUAGAAAUUUAUUAAAAGAAAGCAAAAUAUAAUGGCAAAUGUGGAAGAGGUUUGUUGGAAUUGUUAGUCAAAAGUGCAAUGUCUGGAGACAUUCCACCUUUAAAGAAACAGCCGUCACACUGUAGACGUGGUCUAGCUGCCAGAUUAGCUGCUAAAAAUAAAAAUGUCACGGAAGACAAGUCGUCAACAGAGAUCUCGGGGGAAUCGGCUGUAUACUCCACACAGGUGGCACGGAUGUUAAACAAGAGAGGACUCCCAGAUGUUGAACAUUUUCAUUGUGUUUUGUCAGGUGAAGAUAGUAAUGAUGAAGAUGAAGAUGAUUGUAUCACUCCCAGCAAGAAAGCCAAACCAAAAUCUGAUACAAGGAACACAGCAGAGGUCUGUAGUCUUCUGUCAGACGAUGAAGAGGAAAUCCACUGCACACCUCCGGACAGACAACCGAUUGUGGUUGACUCGUUGAGAUCUCCCUCUCCACCCCCACCCCCUGAACCCCUAGAUGUAAUACCAGUUCUCACCAAACAACCGUCAAUGACUAGAGCCAUGAAGAAGGCCAUGAAACAGCUAUCAGAAGCCAAGUCCUACCUCCAGAGGGACACUACGGCCUUAAACAUGUCCUAUGGAGAUGAUGUCAUUUGUCUAGACGACUCUCUGGAUGAAAACUCUGUGUUCUUCUUUGUCCAGUGUAAUGCUGAGUUACAAAAGCAUCGAAUGGGAAAGUUGGAGCCUUUUAAGAAUUUAGUGGACCAUUUGGCUGUGGAACAGAAUAUUUCUGCUGCUGACGUAAUGCUAUCACUGAAUGAUGUAACAAUUCGCCCCUCAGAUACACCUCUCUCUGUCAAUCUCAAGUCUGCCAAUAUCAUAAUGAUGUACAAGAAAUCUGUAAAAGAUAGUUGUGAACCAGACAGCUCAGAUCUCUCAGGAAUUCAACUGUUUGUUCAAAGUCGAAACUCCAAAAAGAAGCUAGAUUUUAAAAUUGAUCCACUGGCCCCUCUACAGUUACUUAUCAACAAAUACUGCAUAAAAACUAAGAAUGAUCCCGGGAAAUAUCGCCUGCAGUUUGAUGGAGAAGACGUCCACCCACAAGACACAGCCACGGACCUAGAACUAGAGGAGGGAUAUUGUCUGGAUAUUAUAGAGAUCACGUGAUAUUUAACCCCAUUGGUAUGCUAAUUUCUAAAUCUGGGCAUUGUUCAAGAAACUGACUUGUCAAAGAGAAGGCAGUGUUGUUACUUGUUUUUGAACCCAAACAGCCAUUCCUUUGUCCAAGGUAAUGGGUACUUGAACCAGAUCACUUCAGGUUUUAAUGACUGUGCCAAAGCAGUAUGAAUAUUGUGUUGGUAUGAUACAUGUAUGUUUCCGUAAUGCUACCAUUAAAAUUGCAUUAAAUGCAUGUACAUUGUAUUUCAUGUUUAUGCAAUCUACUGUUUUCACUGUUAACUGAAAGACACUCCUACUUUCAACAGAAAGCGUCUUAAUAUCAAUAUCUGUGCAAGCCUUUAAAUAAUUUCUAUUGUCAUAUGUAUGGCCUGUUUUAAGUGCAUUUGAAAGGGAAGACAAAACAUCUUUUUUAUAAUGAGAAAAUGAAUACACUGAAAAACUGUAAUUUUACUUGCCUUGACCCCAGAAACUUUGCUAACAUCAUAUUCUUAUCAGUAUGUAUAAGUGGUGUACAUUUGAAUUUUUAAUUGUUAUGUAAAGAAUCUGUAAUCAAUUGCAUUUGCUGCAUGUGAUCAGGAAAAAUCUUUAUGAAAGAAAAUCAAGAAAUGGUUAUCAUUUUCAAUGUUACAUGUAGUUACCUUUAUUUUGUGAAAAUUCUGUGGUAAUCUGAAGAAAUCAUCAUAAAAUUUUAUGUAACUUUAAUUUAUUCACUCAUAUUAUGUCUUAUAGUGUGAAUAGAUUUUGGUUAUGCAUUGAAAAACAAAGAGAACUAACAAAAGAAAGCUAUAAAAAAAUUGUACUUUAAUAUUUAAAUAUUUUCAAUGUUAGCCAUAAUACAUGUACUCUCAAAUUAGCUUAUAUAAAUGUUUUGCAAAUUUAUUGAAUUUGAUACAUGAUUUAUUGCAAAUGAUUGUUCCUGAUACAAAUUGUUCCUAUUAUGGAAAUUGAAAUUACAUGGCACUUACAUGUUCAUGUUAAGGUUUUUAAUAAAGUCAAAUUUACAAUACUUAG